UAUCCCCAUCUCUCUCUACUCCCCCAGUGAGCGCACUAUCCCCAUCUCUCUCUCUUUCCUCUAUAGCACGCUUCUCGAUUCUUUUUAACGCUCUCCCCCUUCCCCCUCCUGGGUAUUGUAUGAAUAAUGCGCCCUCUCCGCGCGUGGGUGCGGGGCGUGGGCGGGGCCAUGGCCGACGACGGGGGACGGCCGCGGAAGAAGCCCUCGUCGCCGACGCCGACGCCGCCGCCGACGGCGGCGAGGGGCGGCGGAAGAGGGAGGCGGCGGGGGGGACUCCGGCGGUGGGCGCUCCGCGUCGGGACCAGCGCUCUGCUGUGGACGGCGCUGAUGCAGCUCGCGUCGAUCUCCGGCGCGUGGCGCCCCCCGCGCCUCCCCACCUCGUGGCCCUCCCCCUGCUUCGACCGCCACGGCCGCGGCCCCAACGCCACCGCCUCCGCCGCCGCCGCCGCGGUGCUCGGCGAGGAGGAGGGGGGCGGCGCCCUCCGCAGCUCGCACUCGUCUCCGCCCGCGCUCCUCCCGAGGAGAGUGUACAAAAGCAAUGGUUAUCUUCGCGUGUCCUGCAAUGGGGGCCUGAACCAAAUGAGAGCAGCGAUUUGUGAUAUGGUUACGGUUGCACGCUAUCUAAACCUGACCUUGGUGAUUCCAGAACUUGAUAAAACAUCUUUCUGGGCUGAUCCGAGUGAUUUUGGGGAUAUUUUUGAUGUAAACCACUUCAUUAAUUCCUUGAGAGACGAAAUAAAGAUUGUAAAAGGACUUCCUCAGAAGUUCAUUGGAAAAAUUGCUAAAGAACCAUUCUCGAUGCCUCCAAUCAGCUGGUCCAGUGAGAGAUAUUACUUAAAACAGAUCUUACCUCUUAUACGGAAGCAUAGAGUGAUCCAUUUCAAUAAAACGGAUGCACGCCUCGCAAACAAUGGACUAGCAGUUAAGCUCCAAAGGCUUCGUUGCCGUGUUAACUAUGAGGCAAUAAGGUUUACUCCACAGAUAGAAGCCCUAGGCAACAAGCUUUUAUCAAUUCUUCGAAGAAGUGGACCUUUUGUUGUGCUCCACUUACGAUAUGAGAUGGACAUGCUCGCUUUUUCUGGUUGUACACAUGGAUGCUCCGACAAAGAAACAGAGGAACUCACAAGAAUGAGAUAUGCAUAUCCAUGGUGGAAAGAGAAGGAAAUUGAUUCUGAAAAGAAAAGGCUGGAAGGAUUGUGCCCUCUUACACCCGAAGAAAUAACACUGGUUCUUAGAGCACUAGGAUUCACAAGGGACACUCUAAUAUACAUUGCCUCUGGCGAAAUCUAUGGUGGUGAUAGAAGGCUUGCUACUCUGAGGGCAGCAUUUCCUAAAAUUGUAAGAAAGGAGAUGCUUCUGUCUCCGGAUGAGUUGAGGCCUUUCCAUAACCACUCAACACAAAUGGCGGCUUUGGACUAUCUGGUUUCUGUUGCUAGUGACAUUUUCAUCCCCAGCUAUGAUGGAAACAUGGCGAGAGUCGUAGAAGGACAUCGCAGGUAUGUAGGGUUUCGAAAGACUAUAUUGCUAGACAAGAAACAACUCGUGGAGCUUUUGGAUCUUCUCAAGGAUGGGAAACUCUCAUGGGCCGAAUUCUCGGCCGCCGUGAAGGAUAUCCACAAGGACCGCAUGGGCCAACCGACGAGAAGAAAAGUCAUCCCCGGGCGACCAAAAGAAGAAGACUAUUUCUAUGCUAACCCUCAAGAAUGCCUUGGCCACCUAAAGACCACUACGAGAACUUUUCUUCUAUAAAUUCGUUUGCGUCUCUUAACCACGUUCAAUCCUUCUUCCAGAAACUGAUAUAGCAGCGGGCGAUCUGUGAUUCCUUUCCUUGUACAGCUGACCCAAGUUUCUUUUUUUUUUCCCGUGACUCUUAUGCUGACAAAGGAGGGCGAGGUGGCUGGGCAUUGGCAUUUAAUCAUUUGACAACUUGGCAUUUCGACUGUUGAGGCUUCUGAUGGUCCUGCAAAGGCAAGCUUAGUCUCCCUAAAAAUGUUCUUAGCUGCAUUUUUUUGAUUCUGCUUCACAAUUCUUUGUAAUUCACGGUUCUUUAGUUCCUUCUUUUAAAAUUCUUUUGCUUCUCUUUUGUAUUAGUUUCGUAACACAGCUGUAACAGCAAGCACGAUUUCCGUAAAUUUCUCAAAAGAUUUGUUAUUAUUUCUUUUGCAAUUUA